AUCACAAAGCGGGGAUAGCUCAGUUGGGAGAGCGUCAGACUGAAGAUCUGAAGGUCGCGUGUUCGAUCCACGCUCACCGCAUACAUCUUUUUUUUUCUCCUAUACGAAAAUUCUAGCUAUAUACUCGGGCUUUUUAUUGUUCCGCUGCUUUCCCCUUCUCCACCCUUAAGCCGCCGUCUUCCUCCUCGACUUCCGACCGCAACACACGACGCCACAACUUCCAGCAACGACGCAGUUGCUCUUGAAUCAGGCUGAAAAAUGAUGGGUUCGCGAGGUACCAGUGUUGUGCUCUCAAGAGCUGCUCGGAUGAGGCAAAAGCUGCAGUCUGCUUUGGAGGCCAGUGCACUAGAUAUUGAAGAUGUUUCUUACCAACAUGCUGGGCAUGCGGCUGUCAAGGACAAUGCAAAUGAGACGCAUUUUAACAUCAAGGUAAUUUCACCCAAGUUUGAAGGGCAGAGCCUUGUGAAGCGUCAUAGGAUGGUGUAUGAUCUCUUGACCGAUGAGUUGAACUCGGGUCUUCAUGCUAUCUCCAUUGUUGCGAAAACUCCAACAGAGUCGGGAUCAUGAAUGUAAUUUUUCUCGACUCGAUUAGUGUUUGUUCCGAAAUAAGUUGAUUGCAGCAAUAGCAUGUAGCCACGAAUCGGUUUGUAAAGCAAUGUUAUGGCAUGCAUAUUUCUUCAUGAUAAAGACAUACUGUUGCCUUGGUUGAAGUGUGAAUUUCUCUAUGUGCA